AUGCUGAAGUGGUACCAAGCCCGCCUGGCUGCCCGACCACUCCUUACCCAGGCCAUUACCACAUCAUUCCUCUUCGGCGUGGGCGACAUCACAGCUCAACAAUUGGUUGAGAGAAAGGGUCUCGAAAAGCAUGAUUUCAUUCGCACGAGUCGCAUGCUCCUCUACGGUGGUGUCGUCUUCGGCCCCUGCGCAGCAACCUGGUUCCGCAUCCUCCAGCGGCACGUUAACAUCCCUAAUCGCCCCAACAGUACGAUCUUGGCACGAGUGGCUUGCGACCAGGGCCUGUUCGCGCCGACCUUCAUCUGCAUAUUUCUGAGCAGUAUGGCGAUGCUGGAGGGGGCGUCGCCCGUGGAACGGUUACGCACGAGCUACUGGCAGGCACUCGCAACCAACUGGAUGAUUUGGCCGUUUGUGCAACUAGCGAAUUUUAAGCUCGUGCCACUGCAGUAUCGCUUACUGUUUGUUAAUGUGAUAGGAGGGGCGCUUAAGGACUCAGAGGGUCACGUCAAACCUGGGCGUUUGGUGGAGUUCAUGAGUCUUCGUUUUGACGCCUCUUUGCUCCAUUUGGAGGCUUAUUUGCUUUCUUGA